AUGGCUGUGCAAAAUGGAUCUGCCAGUUCAGGUGAAGCAGAAGGGGCCCUCUGCAUCUUCGCCAGAGAGCGCGUCCAACGUCUGUCAUCUUGUUUGCAGGUUGCGCUGAGAAGGCAGCAAGCUCAGGAAGAGGAACUGGGAAUCAGCCACCCGGUGCCCCUGCCCAGCGCCCCCGAGACGUUCGUGAAGAAGAACAGCGGUGGUAGCUCUUGUCUCUUGUUGGAAAACAGCAGCCCCACGCACUCAAGUACAGCCACGACGGCAGCUAGCACACCGUCAGAGGGACGGAUGCUCAUUCAGGACAUCCCUUCCAUCCCCAGCAGAGGGCACUUGGAGAGCACGUCUGAUUUGGUUGUGGACUCCACCUACUACAGCAGUUUUUACCAGCCGUCCCUGUAUCCUUACUAUAACAACCUGUACAACUAUUCCCAAUACCAAAUGGCUGUGGCCAGCGAGGCUUCCUCGAGUGAGACGGGGGGUACGGUUGUAGGGUCGGCCAUGAAAAACAGCCUCCGAAGCCUCCCAGCAGCAUACAUGCCAAGCCAGUCGGGAAAACAGUGGCAGGUGAAGGGCAUGGAGGGCCGCCAUGCUGUCAGCUCCCAGUACCGCAUGUGCUCCUACUACCCACCUGCUUCCUACCUGGGGCAGGGGGUUGGCGCUCCCACCUGUCUCCCCCAAAUCCUGACCUCUGAGGACACCCCCUCCUACUCGGAGUCGAAAGCAAGAGGUAAGUGCACCCACGGGGGUGUCUGGGACCGCCUUGCCUUGGGGCAGGCACCCAGGAGUAAGUCGGCGGCUCCCGACGGGUCCCGGCAGCUGGGCGGCAGCGCCGUGUUCCCCUCAAAGGGCUCUGCAUCGAAAAGGAGCGAAAGGCUGGCGGAUUCGGGCCGAUUUGGGCUUUCCAGCGCGACCCCCGCCUCUGCCCGGUCCGUUGGCGUUUCUUUCUCGGAAAGCCCGUCUCUUUAG